AUUAGGGCUUAGCUGUUGUUACCUUUCGUUUCUGGUUUGCUAUUCGUGGUUUACACCUUAGCUUUUGUUUAUUUUUCUUGCUAUGGUAACAGCAGUAUUAGUCCCCCGCAGUGGUUUGAUCAUACUUUGCUCUCUUCAUAUCUUUAUCGGUAUCUGCGGCUUCCAUGUCUUGAUUCUUUUUCACUGGUCAUCUGGAUAUAGAUGGUUGGAUAUACUUCACCGAUCCGGCUUUGUCCUGCACGGAAGGGACAUGAGCCUGGUCCACGAAUACUUGACCUUACAUUUGCACUUUGUUCUUCCGUCAAACCUUGUGAUAUCCGGCAGUCGCCUGGCUCCAUCGCCGGUCGACCCACGUGCUGCCUUGAAUUUGCGGUUAGCUUUUGCGAACUCGUAUUGGUCUUGUUCCCGAAUCCUUGUCUUUCGCAUGCGGAGGAGUUACAAGCAUGAGUGACAAACACGCACAACAUAGUGAAGAGUUGAUGCAGGGGCGUUAUUAUCCGGCAGCAUGGCGCAGGAGGACGCUUGCUUGAGAUUGUCUAUUGGUCAGAGGCCAAUAAAUACACAAGUUGUUA